GCCUUGAAUAAUUUUGCAUGGAAAUCAGGAGUGCGCGCGUGUAGUUCACGGUGUGUGAAAAUGUGCAUUGUUUUGUAUAUUUGUUUCCGACGCGCGAGCUAACUAAUUGUCGGCCGCUUUGAGAUAAUAAUGCUUUUCGCGAUGCCACCGCGUUUUAUUCUUUGGCCAGACGCGACGCGAGCAACACCUUCCGAAGACAAUGGCACCGAGCAAUUAUUUGACUGCAGUGGUACUCGUGGGUGUUCUUCUCAUCUCAAAGACGAUGGCCGGUUACUUGCCUCCAAGCUACAGCCAUCACAUGCCUGGUUAUUACCCAUCAUACCACGACGAGUACAGAAACUACGGCUGGGACAAGCGCAUCACUUCUUACGGCUAUCGCUAUGGAAACGCUAAUCACAGAGUCGAAGUCAACUUCAACCGACCUUCAGCUUUCGGCGUGUACGGGCCUGCGUUUGGCGCGUCGACGCCGCCACUUCGAGCGCCGCCUGCCGUUUCCUUCCCGGGAGUGGCGCUUUGGCCCUCGAUGCCCACGGCUAGUCCCGGAUGGACCGCUUUGACCCCAAUUAUGACCCGGCCAAUGCACCCCGAGAUCUCCGCAAUGUGGAAACCAACGAUGGGCUACGACUAUCUUUGGAUGGGAAAGAGAAGAAGCGUUGAAGAUGACGGCGUUGAGAAUGACGAGAAUGACGCUUUGGUUGGAGUUGAAGUUUAAUAAUAAAAAUUUUACAAAUUCACUGUCACCGCUUAAAAAAAAAAAAUCAGAAAAGGUCUCAUAAAACAGGACGACAAUACUUUGUCCCUGAAAAAGUAAAAUAUUUGUAAAUAAAUAAACUUUUGUAACUAAAAAUUGUGAUUUGAAAACGGAAUUUUUUAAAGCUAGAUUUUGACCGCAUCAAAAAAUUUACUAUGUAAUAUUAUUUUGAUUUAUAUUUGCCGUUUAUGUGUGCAUAAUAGCGUAACAAAAAUCAGCAUCAUAAGUGUUUCGAGCACAAAGCAAAUAUUGCCAAAGUGAAUAUCGGAUAUGAAAAAUCGUGACGUGGAAACUAUCAAAGUGAAACGGCAAAUUUUUGAGCGAGAGAAAGAGAGAGAUUAGUCACACCCAAUAAUUCAAAAGUGCCUGCGUUGAAAUCUCCACGUCAAUAAAUCACUAAUCCGCUUGAUAUGCACCCAGACGAGCCCGGACUCGUUUAUGCAAAUUAGAGUAACCAAAGCCUCACUCAAAUGGGCUCCAGAUGAAACAAUAAAAGCUUAAAAGUUUGACACGAGUUACGAAACUUAUAAAAUUCUAUCAUGGGUACAACAGCAGCGUAAAAAUUUCCUGUGUCAAGAUAAAAUUGGAAAAAAAAUCCAA